AAGAAGAAGAAGAAGAAGAAGAAUUUCUGUCCGGAACCAUUAACCCUUACAGAGUCGAACACGGAUUUGUUUACUAGUAACACAGAGACAACUGCUAGCAGUCUUCUACAGCUAGUUUUGAAAAUUAAAGCCAAUGAAAGUCUCGUCUCGCUUCAUUUGACUUCCGCUUACAUCACAGAUUUUUCCGAUUUAAAGUUUCUUCUUUGAAUUGGUGGGUUUAAAGUGACACGAUGGAGCCAGCAUGCCGUAAGGACAAACCAAAGCUGAACUUGACCCCAACCAGAGGAGACCGAGCCAAGCAGAAGUCUGCACAGCAGGAGCUCAAACAGCGACAGAGAGCAGAGAUAUAUGCUUUGAACAAGGUGAUGACAGAGUUGGAGCAGCAGCAGUUUGAGGUCUUUUGUAAACAGAUGCAGUCCCAAGGAGAAUAAUGGCAGCUCCACCUCCUCUUUCCACAUGGAUCAGUUUCUGUUCUACAGGAAUGAUUAAAGUUGAACAGAAUCUAACUUCCAGGAUCAGUGGCUCUUGAACUACUUCCUUAGCCAGCUGUAGACGAAACAGAACUGCACUUCAUUUCUCCUUCAAUGGUGUCAAACUGCAGCAAAAUGUGAAGCUAGCCCUCAGAGGCCAUUUAUAUAAAAUUCUCACUAUAAAUAUUUAGGAGCUUCA